AUGUUUCCAUAUGCCGCUAUUGACUUGACGACUUUCGAGUACCUAAAGCGCGGAUUACUAGCACGGAAAGCUCGCCUCCAUCACUGCCAUGAGGAUGAUGUCCCACUGAACAAUUUCACCACGGGAGCCAUCGGCGCGAUAAGCGGAGGAUUCAGCGCUUCCGUUGUUUAUCCACUGAACGUCCUCCGCACACGGCUACAGGCCCAGGGCACUAUUCUCCACCCCGCAACCUAUAAUAGCAUUGGCGACGUCGCUCGCAAAACCAUUCAGACCGAAGGUUUCCGCGGCCUCUACAAAGGAAUCACUCCGAACCUUAUGAAGGUUGCUCCUGCCGUAUCCAUAAGCUACGUCGUGUAUGAAAACUCGAAACGAAUGCUUGGUCUGAGCCAUUCCCUCUACGGCACCUCUUAUCGCUUUUGGAUGGAAAUAACAUAUGGUCUCCACCUUUGGCUUACUCUUUUUUUCAGAUAG